UUUCUCUCCCUCUCUUUCUCUCUCCCUUCCCCUCUCUAAAAAUAAAUAAAUAAUGUCUUUAUAAAACCUACUUCACAGAUUUUCUGCGAAGAUAAGAGAAAAUAUGUACUCAGUUAUAUUUCUUUCCUCUUCCCUCUCUUGCUACCACCAGGGAAACUGUGUGGGAAAUUUGAACCACUUCAAAGAUGGCAACCAAGAAGGCGGAGCCGGUCACCAUCAUUAGCCUUCGCAAGUUGAGCCUGGGAGCCCCAGAGUCACAGCCGAAAGAGUCAAAGACGUUCACCGUGGAAGAUGCCGUGGAGACCAUCGGAUUCGGACGUUUCCACAUCGCCCUGUUCCUGAUCAUGGGAAGCACGGGGGUUGUCGAAGCCAUGGAGAUCAUGUUAAUAGCGGUUGUGUCUCCUGUCAUCCGCUGUGAAUGGCAGCUGAUGGACUGGCAGGUGGCGUUAGUGACCACGAUGGUGUUUUUCGGCUACAUGGUCUUCAGCAUCCUCUUUGGCCUCCUGGCUGACAGAUACGGCCGCCGGAAGAUUUUGUUCAUCUCGUUCCUGUGGGGAGCCUACUUCUCCUUGCUGACCUCCUUCUCUCCCUCGUACAUCUGGUUUGUCUUCCUGCGGAUGAUGGUGGGCUGUGGCGUGUCCGGCCAUGCACAAGGGCUAAUCAUAAAGACUGAAUUUUUGCCUACAAAAUACCGAGGCUACAUGCUUCCCUUGUCGCAGGUUUUCUGGCUCGCUGGCUCCCUGCUCAUCAUCGGCCUGGCCUCUGUGGUCAUCCCCACCAUCGGCUGGCGCUGGCUCAUCCGCAUCGCCUCCAUUCCUGGCAUCAUCCUCAUCCUGGCCUUCAAGUUUAUUCCCGAAUCUGCUCGGUUCAAUGUCUCCGCCGGGAACACCCAGGCCGCCCUGGCCACGCUGCAGCACAUCGCCAAGACGAACCGCGCGGCCCUGCCGGAGGGGAGGCUGGUGGAGCCCGUCCUGGACAAAAGAGGAAGGUUUGCAGACCUACUGGAUGCUAAAUAUUUACGGACCACGUUACAGAUCUGGGUGAUAUGGCUGGGCAUCUCCUUUGCCUACUAUGGGGUCAUCCUGGCCAGUGCUGAGCUGCUGGAGCGGAACCUGGUCUGUGGUUCGAGGCCUGAGUCCGAGUCUGAGACCACGGUGGCAGUGAGCGCGGGGGUCUCCGAGGAGAGCCAGAGCCCCUGCUACUGCCACAUGUUUGCCCCCUCCGACUACCGGACCAUGAUCAUCAGCACCAUCGGUGAAAUUGCUUUGAAUCCGCUAAACAUCCUGGGCAUCAACUUCCUGGGCAGGCGGCUGAGCCUGUCGAUCACCAUGGGCUGCACGGCUCUGUUCUUCCUGCUCCUCAAUAUCUGCACCUCCAGUGCCGGCCUCAUCGGCUUCCUCUUCGUGCUGAGGGCGCUGGUGGCAGCCAACUUCAACACCGUCUACAUUUACACCGCUGAGGUUUACCCCACGGCGAUUCGUGCCUUGGGGAUGGGGACCAGCGGCUCUCUGUGUCGAAUUGGAGCGAUGGUGGCGCCGUUUAUUUCCCAGGUUCUUCUGAGCACUUCGUUGCUGGGGGCCCUGUGUCUUUUCUCGUCGGUCUGUGUUGUAUGCGCCAUUUCUGCAUUUACUCUGCCCAUCGAGACCAAAGGUCGGGCCUUACAGCAAAUGAAAUGAAGACCUGCAAACCCAUGUCUACCAGAGAAAACUGCAUUCUAUCUUCACCAAGAGCUGUGGUACAUUCUUCAAAACCUGGUUUUACUUCUGUAUGCUAUUUGGCAACCAAGAAACUGAUUAUUAAAAAAAAAAAAAAGGCACACAAGAAUAAGGUGGGUUAAUUGCCUAUUGAUCUCUAAGAGCCAAUAUACACAGAACUGAUAUGGAAUAUACUUUAAAAUUGGAAAGGUAUGUGGGGGGGGGAUGGUGGCUUUUAUUCCUUGACAUUAUGUCUCUUCACCUUCAGUAGGUGAGUUAAUUUUCACACCACACACACAUACAGAUGAUAUUCUCCCAUAAGGUCCACAGCACAAGUUAGGCUGAGAUUUUGUAGCCAAGACAAGAACUUGAGGUGGCGUCAUUAAGGUUUUCAAAAGCAGCCAUCACAUUUACAAUAUAAAUUAGCAUAUUUAUUAAAAUUGAGGCCCCCGUAGUUUAAAAAUUGCUUAUUUGUGAAACAAUAUGCUUAAAUUAGUGUGAAUCUUGAAUUACCAAGAAGCAGGGAAUGAUCUAAUGUUCCCCAUACAUUGUUUCUACUCUAAUUUACAGGGGAAUCUUUGAGUCACAUGAUGUGAUACCAAAAAUCAAUGCAGCGAACUUGGCCCUGCUUGGGUAGCUUAGUUGGUUAGAGCGUUGUCCCAGUUUGCCAAUACUGUGGGUUUGAUCCCGGGUCAGAGCACAUGCAAGAAACAACCCAUGAAUGCAUACAUAAGUGGAACAACAAAUUGAUUUCAGAAAGAGAAACAUCAAUUUUUUGAAAAGUGCAGCAAGCUUACCUACAUCACAUAAUGUCUGUCUGCCCUCCGCUGACUGAGCGGCAUGAUCUCAUACUUACGCACGCCUCACUCUACGAGGCUAGGCGCGCUGUGGAAAGGAAACACCUAAGUUUUUACAUUUACAUUGAGUCUUUUAGUUCUGUUCAGACUUACUGUGGAGACCUUGGAAGUUGGGGGCCCCAAGGCUUGGCUCACCUACUCCCCUCACCCCCAUUUGGCACUGGAAACGAUUUGCUGCAAACACCCUGAAGUAUCCCGCACUAGACAACUGUGUGUGUGGUUUGCACCCUUGCUUCAGGGAGGGUGCAAACCAUUCCUAUUUGAACCUCUGGGACAAGUGGCUUUAAGUGAGGAAGCCUUUUCUCUGAAGGGCCAGGCAGUAAAUACUUUAGGCUUUGUAAAACUACACAGAUGUCACCUUUCCCCCUCCACAAGCCCUUAAAAAUGUAAAACAUCUUUUCAGCUGGCUAGAGGUUGAAUUUUGUUGAAAUUAAAUUUCUAGGCUCGAGAUAAAGGGUGCUCCUGCCUGGGGUGCCACAUCAGCAAACCAAACGUGCUCUGCGUGACCACAAACACAGUGUAACUAGCCGCCCAGACACCCAGCCAACGCUGGGCUCUAUGUUUACUUUCUUGUUCCUCAUUCUUUAAAAGCUUCCUGCCCCCUGCUUCACUCCAUUGGACCCUUAAGACUGUAGACUGCCUGCCUUAGCAAGUGUUAAAUAAAGUUUAUUUGAAUCACUUCAGUUGUCUUUAAUUAUUUUAAACAGCUUUGGUGACAAGGAUGGACACCGACUGCUAACGGCCUGCAAAAUGAGACACGGGUGAGGAGCCCGCUGAACCCUUGAGUUCACUGUUCCUCCUGUCAAAACCAAGGGCUGUGGGUAAGUCACUCUUGGGCUUGAGCUCCACCCCUUGGCGUGCAGCUCUCCAUUCUAAACACUUUAUUUUAAAAAGUACUGCAGUUCCAGGACAGUUAUAUUGUGAGUCCGCAGUACGUGGUAGCUGUUAGUUAGGGAACUCAAAGCCGUGAGGUAAGUCCACAGCAUAAACCAAACUGUGGGGAGAUUUGGGGAAAUAAAUUAAGGAAUCAAGAUUGCUUUAACCAAAGGCAAAACAGAAUCUAAGUAGGCAUAAACCAGACAAUUAAAAGCCCUCAGGGCGUCUGGAACUGUAAAGACAUCUCAGGAAGGGAAUAAGGGGUCUACUGCUAAUAGGAAUCUCAGAAGCCAAAUCUGAGAAGUUGUUGGGCACGACUCAAACACCUGUAAGGCGUCAGAGCAAUUGCCACCUCCAUCUACAACUUUCACGCUAGGACAGGUCAUCACGGAAUAGAUCAGAUGCAAGUUAGUUCACCUGUCAACCUCAAGGAAAAUUCCAUGCCGAUGAGUUGCGCUGUAAACCACUACGCAAUCCCCAACCCAGGAGCAUAUCCCACGAAGCUUAGCUAAAGGAACGGGAUCCUCAAGUUUCAAAGAAUUGAGUGUUCUACUUUCCGGCUUAUCUGCUUAUUUUAUGUCUCAGAACUGUGGUUCUAGAGGUAGUAGACAGCUAGAAAAAUGGGCAACUCUUAUUAAAACCACCUAAAAUUACAAAUGGCCAUUAUGAGGAAUGUUCCAGCUAGACAAGAAGCACACCUGAAACCAAGGGCUCCCAAAUCAACAACCAGAAUGGAAUGCCUAUCGUAGCUAGUAUGCAGAUGACUUCCCCCUCUCAAAUGCUUCAAAACUACAAAACAGCCUCAUUGCAGCCUAGCUGAAAAGGACACAAGAACUUACAACCAGACUGAUGCAACUCUUCCAGUUCCCCUCUGCCUUCCUCCACCAGAGCGCUCAGUCCACUAGUACUGUCUGAACCGCCUUUCUGCUCUGGAGAAGACCACUCGAGACCAUGAACAGUCCCAAGUCAGCGGCCUUGCAAAAGCCCUGAGACCGUCAUCGGGACACCAGAGAAAAGAAUGUCCUUGAAGGUUCUGUCGAAUCCUUCACCUCUCCUCUAUCUACUCUCUAAGGAGGCCCUGCUAUGGACUCGUCCAAGGUUGAUGUGACCCCUUUAAACAGCCCAGGGGAGACUGAAAGGAAAACCUUGCCAAAUUCUGGUUGAUAACGGAGCUACACCUUCUGCUUUAAACCCCACUCACACUAUGGAGCCUGCAAAUUCUGGGCAAAAUCAGCAGAAUCUGGUGAAAAGUGGGAACUCUUACCCAAGUCAGCUCUGCUGGAUCUCUGUAGUGCCUGGUCAAGAGAGGAAACACAAAACCUGAAUGGAUUUUUUUUUUUCUGAAUGGAUAUUUUAAAAAGUUGUAGAAUAUUUGUGGAAAAGGGAUUUUCUGUGUGGUCAAGCUGAGUAAGAUUAAACUAGAUUUAAGUUUUUAAAAAGUGAGUUUUAAUAUCAAAAGGAUUCUGGUGCAAAAUUAAAAAUUUUCCCCCUGUUAAGAGGACAAAAUUUUCUUAUAUUAUUGGUCUGAUCUUAAGGAAUUACAAAUAACGGGUUUUCCCUACCUUUUAAGUAAUCUGCCUGGAAAGUCGAGUGUCUUACCAGAAUGAGUUUGGUGUGCUGCACGUCGCCUUCAUCAGUCCCUGAACCCCACCUUCUUGAUAUUACAAGAACUAACAGGCUUUCUGUAACAACUAUUUAACUUCUGUAUUUAAUGCAAAGUCACACUGGAUAAACAGGCACCUGACAAAAUUCCCCCAAAUAAAAUUCUAGAAUCUUUUUGACCUUGAACUAUGUUGAAAAGCACAGGGGGGUUAGGUGUGCUGACCCCUGUCUUCCCCUCUGGCAUGCAGUUGGAAAUCCACAUAUAACUGUGACUCCCCCAAAACAACUACUAAGAGCCUACCCUUCUGCUGACCGGAAGCCUUACCAGUAAGAGCUGAUGGAAACGUGCCUUGUGUGGUGCACACUGUAAUCUUAUAAUAUUGUAAGCCAGAGAAAAUCUGUGUGUAAGUGGACUCAGGCAGUUCAAACCUAUGUUGUUCAAGGGUCAACUGUAAAGAGAAAUGUUAAGCCAAUUAAGCUUAUUUAAUAUGUUAAAUUAUAUAGGAAGCAUAGUCAAGUAAGAAGUGAUGUUUAACCUUUUUAGGUUGUAUUUGUAUGGGUAGAUUAAGUGGUUCCAGAAACUGUAUAAAAUUCUUAAAAACCUGGUAUAUCCUAGUAUAAUGCUAUCAGUCAUAAUUCCUGUUAAAAUGUUAUGUCAGAGAAAUAACCACAUUUCCUUGUCAAUUCCAUUACAGUCUUUUGUUAUUUAUACAGAGUUCAUGGUUUUACUCUGGUCUUUUGAGAAAGUAAGAUUCAUGGAAGAGACUCUACCAAGUAUUUUGAUCAUUGGCACUACUCCCAAAUUUCAAGGUGUCAAACCUUGGAUAUUUUGUAAUUGAAGAAGGCUCCACCUGACUUCUGGUACUAUGUAAAAAAUAGAGACCUCAACUGACUGGGGAGAGAAGUACCCAAUAUCAAGGUAGGCUGCUUCCUCCCAAGACACAGGAUAAGGAAAGAUUUCUCCAUUCCCUCUCUGAUCAUCCUUUCCUUAAUUUUUACACCACACAGACAUUUGAUUCGUCUGCCAAUCUUUUGCCUCCCCCUAGCCUGACAAGAUAAUGCCAUUGUUCCCAUAUCUCAGGCCAUGACAAAGGAGGGUAAUUCAGCCACCAACACAAACUUCUCUGAUUUCCAGUGCCUCAGUUUCUCUGAAACAAGUUUACGGAAUACUUCUGGGGAAGCAGAGACACAGUUACACAAAAUACAAAGAGGAAAUCGGCUUAAAGAAAUAGCUUCCUCUUUGGGAUCAUUUCUGGACUUGAUUUUAGUUUGUUUGGGAGCCCUGGUGCAGGCGUACUCUCCAAAUCAUGGAUAUUAAUAGUUACUGUCUACACUGUGUUUUUUCAAAAGUUUUAAAAAGUGUGGGCAGCCACUGACCAGCCAACAGACCUCUUUCCAGCUGGAAUGACAAGAUACCUGAAAAACAUAACUAUCUCCAAGAAUAUAAGCUUGACAUUUUCUCUUCUGAACACUACACUGAGACCUGAUGAGGCAAUAAUAAUUGAGGGUAAGAAAAAAUAGGAAGAUCACAUGUCAUUAAAACAAUGAAUUAAUGGAUACAUAUAAACACUGAAAAGUAAAAAUGUAUUACAAAAACAUUAAAGCAGAGGGGAACAAAUAAAAACUGUAGUGAUUUUAGGAAGUUUCCACCUAAAUGACUAUUAACGUAAGACAGACUGCUGUAAGUACAGGCUGGUAUACAUGAAGCACACGGCAGCUACAAAUCAAAACUCCACAAGAGAGAUACAAGGAAUAAAAAGCAUCCAAACAACACUCUACAAAAUCAUCAACCUACAAGAGUGAAAAAGGAAUAGAGAAAAAACUACAAAAACAACCAACAAUUACACUAAAAGUAAAUGGACUAACCACCCAAAUGAAAAGAUACAGGGUGUCCGAAGGGGUAAGAAAACAAGACCGAUGCAUAUGUUGCCCACAAGAGAACCACUUCAGACUGAAGGAAAUACAGACUGAAAGUCAAGGGAUGAAAAAUAUGUUUCAUGCAAAUGGAGAUUUAAAAAAAGGUGGGGUUGUAAUACAGGCAACAUGGACUUGAAAACAAGGGCUGUAACAAAAAACAAAACAUUUAAUGAUAGAGGGGUCAUCCAACAAGAGGAUAUUACUUUCAUGAACAUCUAUACACCCAAAUGUAGGAGUAACUAAACACACACAACACUGACAUAAAUGGGGAGACAGACAAUAACACUGAUGUCGAUGAACAGAUCAUUCAGACAGAAAACCUACCAAGAAAGAGUGGCCUCGAACACAUUAGACCAAAUGGGCUUAAUUGAUAUUUUAAGACACUUCAUACAAAAGCAGAAUAUAUAUUCUUUUCAGUUGCAUAUGAAGCAUUUUCCAGAAGAGACCACAUGUUAUGCCACAAAACAAGUUCUCAAUAGAUCUGACUGAAAUUAUGUCUUCUCCAAUCACAAUAGUAUGAAACUAGAUAUCAAUUACAAGAAACUGAAAAAACAAAACAACUCCCAAACACUUGGAGGCUAAAUGCCAUGCUACUGCACAACAAGAUUAAAUGAGAAAUGGAGAUACUGGGAGGAAAAUGAAAACACAGUGACCCCAAAUCUGGGGGAAACGGCUAAAGCAGUUCUAAGAGAAAAAUUCACAGGACUACAGGCCUACAAGAAGAAACAAGAAAAACCUCAAAAGCACUCUAAUACACACCUAAAGGAAUGAGAGAAAGAACAACCAAGUCCAAAGUGAGCAGAAGAAAGAAAAUAAUAAAGAUCAGAAGUAAGUGAAUUAGGGUCUAAAAAGACAACAGACAAAAAAAAGAAAAUUGAUAAACCUUUAGCCAGAUUCAUCAAGGAAAAAAAGGUGCCCAAAUAAAUAAAGUUAGAAAUGAAAGAAAUGACAACCCACAUCAUAGAAAUACAAAAUAUAAGAAAAUACUAUGAACUGUAUGCCAAGAAACUGGACAACGUGGAAGAAAUAAAUUCCUAGAAACACACAAGCCUUCGAGGUGAGUUAGGGAAAACCAGAAAAUCUAAACAAAGUAACAAGUAUAAUUGAAUCAAAUCAGUAAUCAAAAAACUCCCAACAAACGAAAGCCUUGGACCAGAUGGCUUCACAGGUGAAUUUAUCAAGUAUUCAAAGAAGAAUCAGUACUUAAUUUUUUUCAAAUUAUUCCAAAAUACUGAAGGAGAGAAUGCUACCAAACUCAUUUUAGAAGCUCAGCAUUUUGAUAUCAAAGCCAUACAAAGACACUACAAAAAAAGAAAAUUAUGGGCCAAUAUCCUUGGUGAACAUAGGUAUAAAAAUCCUCAAACUAUUAACAAAAUUCAGCAACACAUUAAAAAGAGCAUAUAGCAUGAUCAAAUGGGGUUUAUUCCUGUGGUGUAAGCCUGGUUCAAUCCGUAAAUCAAUUAAAGUGAUAAACCCCAUAAAUAAAAUUAAGGAUAAAAAGUCGUAUGAUCAGAAAUACAGAACAGGCUGACAGUGACCAGAGGGGAGGAAAUUUGGGGGGAAGGGUGUACAGGAACAAGUAUA